CUCGGACGCCACUGCGCAUGCUCGGACAUGGCAGCUGCCAGUGGGAAGCUCCUCAGAUCCAAACACAGUUUAGUUAUUUAGUCAAAUAAGCCGUGAGCUAACCGAGAGGACAGAUGUGCUGUCUCACUGACAGGGACAUGAAGGAGUAAGACAGGCGGCAGCGGGGACUCUUGAGAUCUGGUCUGGAUGGAACCGACGGGUCUACGAGACGUUUUCAAAUGUAUAACACUAUCCAUCGCAGCAAUGGAGGAUAUCGGUCUCCAUCCCAAACCCACCAAUGACCCCCCUGUUCACAGACCCACAGUCUCUGAGACUUUUGGGCUGCACCACAUCCCACCAGACUAUCUGCACGUCACUGAUGCAAGCAGGAAAUCUGACAUGCAAAAAGAUGCACCAUCCAAAAAGAGGUCCCACUCGAUAAUGAUAGCAGAGCCACAGAUGAUUCCCCAGUUUCCCCUACAGAGUGUGGGUCCUCUGGGUGUCGACACCACGCUCUUUAAUACAGCUGCCAAAUAUGGAAACACCAAUUUGGAUAAGGCUGGGGCCGUCAGGAAAAAAGCCAAAGUCGGAGAUCCAUCAAAGUGGAAGCAAAACAAGCAGAAACAGCUGAGGAUGGAGGGUAAAGCAUACGUGAGCAAACGCAAAAAAGACGGCGAGGUUGUGACAAAACAGCCGAGGGAAAUGGGGCCAAGGUGCACCUCGAACGCAUGCAAAAAGGCUUCAAACCGGCUUUGUAGUGAAAUCAACGAGGAGGCCAGGAGGAAGGUGUUUGAUGAAUUCUGGCAGCACAUGAACUGGGCUCAGAGAAAACUGUAUGUAGCAGAACAAGUUGACCGCGACCCCGUGGAAAGAUCUCGGGCGGUGGGGUCGCAUUCGAGAAGAUCAGUGUCACUCCGUUAUCACUUGAUGGUGGAUGGCAAAAGGAAACAAGUGUGUAAAAACAUGUUCCUGUCCACUCUGGGGAUAGGAGAGUGGUCUGUGCUCAACUGGACGCAGAAUGGAGCAACGAAAAAGAAUGGAGCAAAUGAAAACAAAUUAGAAAAGAGGCAGACUGUCCCUCAGUGUCCUCAACAAACCCCACAACUGAACCCUGCUCCUUCUGCAGCCAAUAGUACUGUGGAGGUCACACAGGAACAAGUAAAUGUUACUGACAACAACAGGCCAACAGAAUCAGAGGGGCCUGUCAGAAAGAAAUCCAGAGUCGCCAAGCCUCUAACAUGGAAGCAAAACCGACAAAAGCAACUCAGGAUGGAGGGCAAACCGUAUGUCAGCAAACGAAAGAAAGACGGCACAACCAUAACUAAAGGUCAGAGGACAAUGGGAUUGAGAUGCACAUCAAGUGCUUGCAAAAGGGCAUCCAACCGCUUCUGUGCUGACUUCAGUGAAGAAACAAGGAACGAGCUGUUCACUAGCUUCUGGCAGUGCAUGAACUGGUCUCAGAGGAAGAUCUAUGUGUCGGGAUUAGUCGACUGCGACCCAGUGGAAAGAACCCGAGCACCGUGGACUCAGUCAAGAAGGUCGGUCUCGAUGCGAUAUCAUUUGAUAGCCAACGGUGACAGAAAACAAGUUUGCAAAAAGAUGUUCCUCUCCACUUUGGGGAUUGGGGAGUGGUCAGUGCUUAACUGGGCGCAAAAUGCAUCCCAGCAGGAUAAUUCAGAAAACACCAAAAAGCAAACACAGAGGAAGUCUCGUAAAGCUUCAGAGCAUGUAGUCCUGAAGGAGUUCCUCCAGAGUUUACCCAAAAUGCCCUCAUACUGUUGCGGGACGUCUGUCUCCAAGCUUUACCUGGAGCCGGUCUUCUCAAACAUGUCCGAGGUGUACAGGCACUACUACAACCACUGCAUAGAGAGGAAGACGCCGCCGCUUUCUCGGCAGGUUUUUUGUGCUGUAUUUAAAAAGAUGGAUUUGGGGUUGUGUGACCCCAAAAGGGAUCAAGGGUGUUCUUUUGGUGCGACUGGAAAUUUGUUUAAUGAGCUUUGGGAAGAAUAUUGCUUGGAAAGAGGAGCUCCAGGACCACAGCCAGAGAAAGGGUGUAACCAGUAGAAAGAGAUUAAGGACAAAAAGGUUAAAGGUUGGAGUUCACUGCUAUGUUACUCCAUUACUUACAACAUCAUCAUAUACACGUUGCGGAAACUUUAAUUCCAAGACUUUGCCAAAAUGACUCAGUGAUCUCACAUUUCAUUAAAUCCUGUUAAAGGGGACCUACCAUGCUCACUUUACUUGAAUUUAAAGUUCCUAUUAGAACAUGUUUAUAUGAUUUAACUGUCAAAAAACACUAUUUUCUUCACACCAUCUCUUUGAGCCCCCCUUCCAAAAAAGCCCUGACUGCUCUGAUUGGUCAUCGUCUCCAGAUCUUUCACAUUCCUAGGUCUCCAUGGCGUGAUGAAGCAGGGGAAUCACUAUAAUGGGGAAAAGCAACACUUUUUACACUGAAAAAUCACCAGUAAAAGCUAUUAAACACAACCAGACAUGUUCCAGCAGGAAUAUGAUCCAAAAUCACUGAGAAAUUUACAACAUCAGCACCCAAGAUUACAUGUUUACUGACCUUAGCAUGUUGCUACAUGUAUGUUAGCAGUGUACUUGCAGCCAGGGAAUGACUGUAAUGGAAAAUAGCAACACUUUUUUUUGUUAAAUAUCCCCAAUAAAAGCUUCUAAACACAACCAGACAUGUUCCAGCAGGAAUAUUAUCGUAAUCUGAGAGAAAUUUACAAUGUCAGCAACUCAGAUUACAUGAUUCCCUGAUGUUAGCAUAUAGCUACAUGUAUGUUAGCAGUGUACUUGCAGCCAGGAAAUGACUGUAAUGGAAAAUAGCAACACUUUCUUUUGUUAAAUAUCCCCAAUAAAAGCUUCUAAACACAAUCACACAUGUUCCAGCAGGAAUAUGAUCGUAAUCUGAGAGAAAUUUACAAUGUCAGCAACCCAGAUUACAUGAUUCCCUGAUGUUAGCAUGUAGCUACAUGUAUGUUAGCAGUGUACUUGCAGCCAGGGAAAAGCUGUAACAAAGUAUAGCAGCAAUUUUUACCGUGAAAAAUUACCAGUAAAAGCUUCUUAACACAACCAGACGUGUUUCAGCAGAAAUAUGAUCCGAAAUCAGGGAGAAAUUUACAACGUCAGCAAUCCAGAUUACAUGAUUCCCUGAUGUUAGCAUGUAGCUACAUGUAUGUUUGCAGUGUACUCGCAGCCAGGGAAAAGCUGUAACGAAGUAUAGCAGCACUUUUUACCGUGAAAAAUUACCAGUAAAAGCUUUUAAACACAACCAGAUAUGUUUCAGUAAGAAUAUGAUCUGAAAUCAGGGAGAAAUUUACAACAUUGGCACCCAAGAUAACAUGUUUACUUGAUGUUAGCAUGUAGCUACGUGUAUGGUAGCAGUGUACCUGCAGCCAAGGAAUAACUGUAACAGAGUAUAGCGACACUCUUUUGUUAAAAAUCCCCAAUAAAAGUUUAUAAACACAACCGGAAAUGUUCCAGCAGGAAGAUGAUCCGAAAUCUGGAAGAAAUUUACCCAAGAUUACAUUUUCCCUGAUGUUAGCAUGUAGCUUCAUCUGGCAGUGUAGGCUACGUAAUGUAUUUGCAGUAGCAUGCCUGGGACAGAUCACCAUAUAAAGAAAUCUGACACAUUAUGAUGUCAUACUGCAGCCAGAGAAAAAAAAAGUUAGAAACGGAGUGUUCAUAAAACCUGACACAGGGAUUACAUUUACAUACAUUUACCUACCUACCUUUUUUAAAACUUUGGCCUUGUUUAAUAUGAACAUCCUUCAUUGUAACACUGCAUAUAAAACUAAAUACAGAAAAGCAUGAUAGGUCCCCUUUAAUAUACACUAUGGUUGUCUUUGUGCAGCUGAAUGCUCGUUUCACUUAAGUGGAAUUAUUUAAGCACUACAUUUUGUUUUUGUAAUGGAGAAUGCUACAUUGUCCCUUAAAAUGUAAUUUAUUUUGAUAUUCUUUGUCAAACAUCAUUAAUAGUUCAAGGCUAAAACAAAAUGUGUCACAAUAUGUGUGAAAAACACUAAAACAUAUUCAUCUGUUGAUCUACUGUUUGGACUUUCAGUAAGUUUCAUGUGAAAUGUCAAAGUCAAAUGCUUUCAAUGACUCGCAAUACUGCAAACUGCUUAAUUUUUUUGUUAUUUAUUUAACUUUGUGCUUGACAGAGCCGCUCUGGCCUGAGAUGUUCUGUUUUCUUUUGUGGAUUAAAUAAGACAAAAUAACAGACGCA